AGAGGAAACGCGCCCGUCUCGAAACCGAAAGUGCGUCCGGUAUUCGUCUCUGUCGAGCAAGUCCUCGCGACGUUCGAAGAAGACAUCCGAAAAGCUCGCAGGGCUCGGUUCGUCCCCGAAUAUCUUCGCCCUUCUUUCUUUUUUUUCCCCCACCUUAUAUUGACUUAGACGCCACCCCGAUUGACUGGUAGCUGUCCACGAAGACCGCCAUGUGCCUACUUUACCUAUUUGUGAAUCCCCAUCCGAAACCGGACGAAUACCUGCUCGUGUUAGCCAGUGUGCGAGACGAGUUUUUCGGCAGACCCACCAGCGGAGUCCACAUCUGGGAAAACAACCCGCAGAUCGUCGGACCUAUGGACCUGGAAGAAGGCAAGGUAGGGGGCACGUGGUUGGGCAUGAACAUCAACGGCAAGGUGGCAUCCCUGCUGAACAUCAUCCAGCCCCUCGAUGAAAUCACCGGCGACGAGAAACUGCCCAGAGGCCAUCUCGCGGUGCGGUACCUGGAAGGUGGUCAGGACGGCAUGAGCUACCUGCGCGACCUUCGGCGGAAGGCCAGCGACUACGACCGGUUCCUCCUCGUCACGUUGGACGUCAGCCCAUCACGGCAGGACAUCCAAGCCUGCUGCUAUACGAAUGCCCUCGAUUCCCCACCGAUUCAUCUAAAACCAGGUUUUCACGCAUUCGGCAAUAGCAAUCCACUGCGUCCUUGGCGUAAAGUGGUCGAGUCACGGGCGCAGUUUGGCGACAUCGUGCAACGACAGGGCAAAGCCGGCCGCAAGCAGGCGCUGGUCGACGAGCUCAUCGCCAUGAUGAACAACAGCACCGAGUAUUUUCCCGACGACCAGCUGCUGAAGGACGCGGAAGGCCGGUCCGAAGAAUCACUGCGAAGUCUUAGCUCCGUCUUCGUCCGGGUCGAGGACGAGUACUACGGAUCCAGGACGCACACCGUGAUCCUGGUGGAUGCCAGGGGCUGCGUCGACUACAUCGAGCGAACCAUGCAGCAACCAAUCGACCUAAACGGAAACGAACCCUGGGUCACGACGAGGCUGCAGUUCGGAAUCCAGGAGCCCGGAUCUCUCGUGUCCCGCCUUUGAUCCCGACCCUUCAUUCACGCGUAUUUAUGUCCCACUCUCAGAGUCAGCGGCUUCGUCUGUGCUUCUCGCGAAAAGAGUCGUUAUGGUAGACAAGCACUCCGCGACGCGCGGGAGCGAAGCAACACGUUAAUUUGUGCCACUUUCUGAUACGGUCGGUGCAGGCCAAGGCAUAUCGACGUUCCAAGAGAUCUUGAAGAGACUCGGAACUAGAUCAAAGGCGUAUAUCUUGACGUUGGGGCCCACGUGUUCGACUGAGCCACGACCCUGUGAUCGCGUCACUGUCUGAACAAGAUGCUGAAAGUAAUACUUAUGUAGCGAAGUCUUGGAACCUUGUAAUGGAUCUCCACCUCCAGCGCUUUCUAGAAGGUCGUCCUUCUAGUGAGCCUAGUGGGACACAAGUGUGGCUGAAAGCUGUCGAACGUGCUGCGGGUGAGCAAAGGCUAGCAGAAAGAACUGGCACACGAUAUCCUCGCGCACGAAUCACUUCACCUCUGCGAGCAACGCGGGGUGUUCAGAUACGGUUGACAAGCCAGCGAGCUCAGGCGUAGUGUGAUGGAGAGCGACGGGUCACGGACAACUGCCAGCGCAGCUCGUCGUAGCUUUGGCAGAGCGUUAUGACCUCUGCCACUGAGCUUGGUUUGUUGUGUGUGUGCGCGCGUGCGUGUGUGUGUGUGUGGAGCAUGCUGAAGGCAUGGGAAUUGAUGCCUUUCGUAAUGUGCCUCAUCUUGAGAUUAUGGCAUGGUGGCGUCGGCUCUUUUUCAAAAGUCGAUGUCUUCGAUGUAGCUUGUCAAUGAUUCACAAGCUUGCCAGCUCGUUCACGUAAACGCUGGUUGGCUUGCAGCUUACGAACAGCAGGACAGCCUAACACGGCGAUAAUGACAGUCUUGAAGUCCGACCACGUCGUAAAAUCUGAUGCGUGGUUGUUCUACCACAGGCCUGUAACCUCUAAGAGGUAGAAAAUCAAGAUGGUCAGUUUUCCCGUCUCGUCCAUGGAAAACGCCCACGCCCUCGUAAAUCGCGAUACAGUCCUCCACGUCGGUGCCAUGCGUCCGCGCCAGUGAACACUGGUGCGGAUGGUUCCGAAGGACUGUAUCGGGGAUACGAAGGACGCCGGAACGUGAGGUCGGUGCAGGUGAAGGCAUUUGCUGGGUGGGGUCUCGAGGCAUUGUAGAUGGCAGGGUGCGGGAUUGUGGCACCAGGGGCAUCGAAUGAGGCCAAAAACUAUUGUGGGGGCGCAACGCUAUCCACCAAUUUGUCAAGGUGUUUAUUUGGCAGCGCUCAGCGACAAUGCACAAUGGCGACAUUGAAAGCAAUGCACGUACUCCAAGCGCGAACAGCGCUCUUUCACAAAAAGAACCGCAGAGGACGACCCACUAGAAGGCGCUGGAGAGGGAGACCAAUUACUACACUUCUUACAUUCGAAUCUGCAGGCAGCGUCGGUAACGCACGAAUGGAUUGAACUGACCACGGCGUCAUUGGCGGGCGCACAAGGUGGCCAGGGUGCGCGGCCGCCUCCCCUAAUCACCGAAGUGAGAGGGCUCAGAAUCUGCCCCAUACGUUGACUCAGUUAUGGCCGUUAUGGAUAACGAUGACCGAAUGCCUCUGAUGUUGCGUUCCGAGAAUUGUUUACUUUUCGCAUUUAAUUCCGUAAAGCCAUAGGACCGAAGGCAGGCCAGUAGCGAGGAGCACGUC